GACGCAGGAAAAACAUAUGAUCCAAUAUGGCGGCGUUCUGGGCAUGAUUUUGAUCGCUUGUUUGUAAACGUAUGCUUGCUCUGCUUGCAUGUGAUAACAAACAUCUCAAUCAACAUCAUUCCUUGUAACGCCCCUGCUAUGUGCUGAAGUAUGGAGUUCUCCGGAAUCUCUCACUAUGGGCCUGGCGACGCGAACGUGUACAGUGAGAAUGGAGAAAUAUAUACCGAUGAAAAUGGACUGGAACAGUAUGCAGAAACUUAUUCUACUGAUAAUGAGUUCAUCGAAUCUCAAACCAUCCUGGCUGAUGGUGGUGAUCGGUUUGGAGUAUCAGCUGUUUCUUUUGAUUUGGAGGAAGAAUUGUUAUGGAUGGGAAAUCAAGGAGGUCAUGUGACUUCGUACUUUGGAAGCGGAGCUCAGAAAUAUACAUCAUUUCAAGUACAUGCAUCAGAAGAAGUGCGGCAUAUACUAACUGGAGAGGCUGGAAUUCUUGCCCUCACUAGCAGUUCCUUAAGAGGCCAAAUUCGUCGAGGGCUACCCAUGUUUACUCAUUGUUCUGAAAAUAUGGUAGAAAUGCAGUGUAUGCUGCAGACAUCUCCAACAUCUUUGUUAAUGGGAGGUCACCAGGAUAAAUUAAUUCAAUUUGAUCUUACCCAAGGCAUAGAGACAGGAUUGUUUGAUGCUGGAGAAAAUGGGUGUGCAAUCCUUCGCCAGCAUCCUAGAUAUUUAUGUUCAGGGGAUCCUUCAGGCAGGGUUGUACUGCGUGAUCCUAACUCGUUGUCUGUUGAACAUGUCCUAGAGACUCAUUCGGGCAGUCUUUCAGAUUUUGAUGUGCACGGUAAUCUUCUUAUUUCUUGCGGAUUUUCCAACAGGCAAGGGGCUUUAUCAGUUGACCGCUUCCUUAUGGUCUAUGAUCUUCGAAUGAUGCGCCUGGUAAAUCCUAUCCCAGUUGUUCUGGAUCCUCUCCUAUUGAGGUUUAUGCCCUCUUUCACAUCAAGAGUAGCUGUUGUUUCAUCACUUGGUCAACUGCAACUUGCUGAUACUGUCAGUCUGCAAACACCAAACCUCUCACUUUAUCAGGUUAACACUGCUGGUUCUCUCUGCCUUUCUUUGGAUGUGUCUUCCUCCUGUCAGUGUUUAGCCAUAGGGGAUAGUGGGGGCUACAUUCAUGUUUUUACACCCACCACAUCUGAGACUCCCAUGAUUAACACUUUCUCAAGGGAGACAGAGUUUGCCGAUCAAAUUGACAUGCCUGCAUCCAUAUCCAUUAAAGAUGAGUCAACAUCCUUGGCUGGAAUACCCCUUCCUUAUCCCCCUCUUGGAAGCAAACUGCUUUCAGACUGGCCUGAACAAUGUUUACAAAAAAUCUACAGGCCCACCCCACCAAUAGAUCCUGAUAUUCUCCGGUCCAUGAAGAUGCAAGGCACAAUUGGAUACGCUCCCAAUCCCAUGACUCGGCGUAGAAACCAAGUUCUCUAUGAGCUGGACAUGAAGAGGAGGAACGGUGUAGUCAAUGGAAGUGGCCCUAUGGGAGGAGAAGGAAGACCGAAAAAUGGAGAAGAAGUUGGGUUUAUAGCUAUCCCCAAACGCUAUCGAAAAGUUGAAGUGAAGUAUUCACGAAUGGGGAUGGAUGACUUUGACUUUGACAUUUAUAACAACACGUCAUUCUCGGGUCUUGAAGCAUCUCUCCCUAACUCCUAUUGUAAUGCAAUGCUUCAGAUAUUGUACUUCUUGGAGCCUAUCAGAUGUGUGAUGUUAUCACACAUUUGUCAACGAGAGUUUUGCCUUUCCUGUGAACUUGGCUUCCUAUUUCACAUGUUGGAUAAAUCCCAUGGUUUUCCUUGCCAAGCAGCUAAUUUCCAACGAGCCUUUCGUACAGUCCCUGAGGCAUACGCCCUAGGACUGCUGCUCUCAGACCAAAAUCCAGAGAGUAAAUCUAAUCUUAUACGUCUAAUUCAGAGCUGGAAUCGAUUUAUCCUUCACCAAAUGCACUAUGAACUGCUUGAAGUCAAAAAGCAUCAAAAUGAAAUCCUCAAACAGAAACAACAACGAGAGCGGAAAGAACUUCAAGACGCUCAGCCACCAUUUGUCUACAAUGAGCAGGAAUUUCCCAGCAUCGCAAAUCCUGUCAUUUCAAGUAAUGUGCAGUGGCGCCUUCAACCUAGUACUGCAACAGAUGUCCCAAAUCCAACUGAUGUUAUAAUUGCCGCGCAAGCGCAAUCUCAGUUUUGGGAGAUGGACCCAUACCUCUGUGCCUACCAAGAUGAAAGCAGAUACUGGUGGCUUCCAACCGGUACCACCUAUUAUUCUUACUACCAAGAGGCUUCUAUUUCUAAUGGAACGAUCCCAUCUCAACCUAUCAUCUCCCAAGUUAUGGAUAACUCAUCUGAAACUGCUAACACAAAAGAGAAGGAAGAUGACACAACUGAGAUAUCACGUUUGCUUGGAAGUAAACAGAUUCACACGCAUCGCUGUUUGAAAUGUGGUAGACAAGUUAGUAAGGAAUCUGUCUUGCUUUUGUGCAAUCUUGUGUACCCAGAAUCAAAAGAAGGUGUGCAGCACACAUUUGGACAGGUUCUAGGACAGAGUUUAUGUCCUGAGCAAGUCACUCCAGCUUGGUGUGAUUCUUGUGAUCGCUUCCAACCAACAAAGCAAAGUCGCGGGCUGAAGCAGCUUCCUUGCAUUUUAUCAAUAAAUUGUGGCUUGGACAAUGCCAAGGAUAAAACUUUUUGGCAGAUCCAAAUGGAUCUGAUUGUAAAGAAAGUUAUUGAAAUGACAGGUGGUGAGGUUGAAACGCCAGCCCCAGUUGUGCCUCAGCCCUCGCCUACAAAAGCUUGCCGUUAUGGCUCUGCAUGCACAAGACCAAAUUGUCGUUUCCGUCACCCAGGUCAAAAUAUGGAAAAAGAGACACAACAAAACAAAACAACAACCAACUCUCAGUUUUAUUCCACUACCUCGUGGUUGCCUCUUAGUAUUUGUAUGGAGCGUUUGUCAAAUGGGUCUGUCCGAGCUUACAACAUUAAUGACCCUUCAGAGAAACCAACUGAUUCGGGUGAAGAAGUUGUUCAGUCAUCUGUCUAUGAUCUCAUGGCUGUGGUAUGCCAUGUCAGUGAUGAGAAGAAAAAUCUUGUCUCUUUAGUGAAUGUGGGUGCUGGCUACCAUUCUAGAUUGGGAGGUGCUCCUCUCAGUAAUUGGUAUCUUUUCAAUGAUUUUUGCAUUACUCCUGUUAAUGCACAAGAGGCUAUUUGGUUCAGCUUGGACUGGAAAGUUCCAUGUGUUUUAUAUUGGGUUAGUCGAGAUUUACCAAAGGACCUUGUGCCUCCUGUGAAUAUCCCGCUCACUGCGGAAGUAUUUAAUGAGGACAAUUCUUUGGCAAGGAACAAUGGGGCUCGUAAAAUGAUUACAUUCACCCCAUUAAUGGCGGAAGAAAUGCCAGCUCCAGGAGAGCUUGUUGCUGUGGAUGCAGAGUUUGUCACUUUAAAUCAGGAAGAGUCAGAAUUAAGAAGUGAUGGAAAAGUUUCUACAGUGAAACCUUCUCACAAAUCUGUGGCUCGUAUCACCUGUGUCAGGGGACAAGGGCCCAGGGAAGGGACACCAUUUAUUGAUGACUAUAUUUCAACUCAAGAGCAGGUGGUUGACUAUCUUACAAAAUUCUCAGGAAUAAAGCCGGGAGACUUGGAUGCCAAUUUCAGUUCAAAACAUCUAACCACACUCAAAUCAACAUAUCAAAAGCUGAGAUUUCUCGUUGACACUGGUGUAAAAUUUGUUGGUCAUGGCCUCAAAAAUGAUUUUAGGGUUAUUAAUUUGGUUGUUCCUCCAGAGCAAGUAAUUGACACUGUUCUACUGUUUCAUCUCCCUAAUCAUAGGCUGAUCUCCCUUCGAUUUUUGGCGUGGCAUUUCUUAGGUAUGAAGAUUCAGUCUGUGACUCAUGAUUCUGUUGAAGAUGCCAGAGCAGCUCUCCAACUUUACAAAAAGUACAAGGAGAUAGAUGCCCAGGGAAAACUCAAGGACACUUUAAUAGAUCUCUAUAGAGUAGGGAAUCAACAUCAGUGGAAGGUCCCUGGUGUUGAUGACUGAAAUCUGACACCUAUAAUUUACAAGAGACUGUUUGAUUAACAAUAAAUGUUUGGGUCUGGUGAGAAUAAUUGGGAAAUCUCACCAACUGAAGUACCUGUUAAGAAUCAAUGGUUGGGCUCAUCCAAUCGAGGCUAGAAUUAGGUUUAAAAGAGGCUAGAUGUUCUGAUUGAAUUUGCCGAAGAUCUCUGUGCCAGAAAAUACUUUCCCCAUAAAUUUUAGACUAAGUGGCUCUUCUUAUGUGAUUUUAGCAACCUUUAUUUGACUUUUUAUUUUGUAAGGUUUGCACCUGGUGUUUUAAUGUUUCAUGGUCUUUACCAAAUGAGUCACAAUCACGUACAAUGUUAGAUGAUAAAACAAGACAUAUUUUUAAUGAAAUUUUGCUUGGAUGUCAAUGCUCUUUACUUCCUUUCAAGUGCAGCACAACACAUACUUCCCCUCUUCGAUUCAAGCGUCAAAUGUGGUAGCUUUUAUGCCUUAAGACCCUAGCUAUAAGUCUGUUGUCACCUACCAUUAAUGAAAUUAAUUGGUGAUCAUUAAGUUUGCUGAUACAGGUCAAGUUUUACUUAAGUAUAUGUUUCCCUUUUAAAUGAGUUCCUACAUUUUCAUUCCUGACUCUGCUGAGGAAUGGAUGUUUUACUCCUUUCAGGAAAAUUUUGGUUGUGUAUUUUAGUUUAAAACAAAUGUUUGUACCAGGUAUUUCUGUGUUUUUUUUCCAUUACACUUUCUUUUUGUGUCAAUGUUUUUACUGUACAGGGUCCUAUCUAUUUGAGGAUACCAAUCAUGUGACAGAUCCUUGUUUCAAGAUACAAAAAUCAGUCUACAACUUUUAUUUAAUUUUUUUUUCAAUUAUUGUUAUAUUUAUUUUUGUGUUUAGUAACUCUUUCUCCACCAUCAAUUUUUUUUUAAAGUGUAUUCAUGUCAAAUCUUACCUUGCUAACCAAGCUGAAAGUGUAAUUAAUAGAGAGAGAGAGAGUGUGUGUAAUUGCCUUUUUAGUUGGCCUGCAAGUGCAAGCCCCAUCUGUUCAACUGUUGAACAUUGGAAACGUUUCUUGUUUCCAAUAUCAUUAUUUUACUGUGCAAUAUUUAUUUAAAGAUACAGUCUCUCUCAAGUGGAGUAUUUCCUCCCUCUCUUAAAGAAGGAAGGCAGGAAAAGAGUUAAUGAAUUUAUGGUAUAGCAGGUUUCAUCAACGUUAGAAUUUUCUCUUUGUCACAUUCCACUGUUCAGUUUUUCUUGACUCAUUUUCUGCUUGAAGAUACCAUCUAUUUAUAUAUCUUUUUAAAAAUUUAGCAAUUUAAGGAGGGAAACAUUUUUUUGGGCAACUAGUUUAGUGAGCCACUGUGUCAUGUGCCCAUACUUUCAAUAACAAAGUUGAUGCAAUACCAGGUCCCUAUUGUACAAAUAACCUCCAGUGAUAUGUGAUAUGCUCCCAGGGAGUUCCUAUUUGCCAGGAUAUUUAUUCUUCUCAGAUUAAGUCGCAUACCCAAUGUGUUGUUAUUUUUUGUAUGAGCAGUAUUAUAUUUUGUAAUACAUUGUCAAGUCAGUGAGCUUGUUGUGAUGUCAUGUUUUACAAUUUUCAAAUAAAUGUCUUUUUUUCCUA